AUGGCAGCCUCCGCCUCCUCCCAUUCCAAUCUUCCCUCCAACUCAUUCCCCUCCCCCAGCCGUCUCUCCACCCAUCGUCUCUCAUCCAUCCCUAACCACAACCACACCCCCACCUACGCAAACAACCCGCACGACCCCCUCGAAGUCCUUUACACACUCUCCCCCCCCUCCUUCCACUACCUUCCGCGCAGCGUUCUUCUCCCCCCUCAAAUCCUCCGCAAAGGAUUUAUCGAAACCCCCGAGAAUAAUCCUCCACUUCUUGAGGGAACACGCAUGCAAAUUAUGGUUAUACCGCGGGGAGUACGGAGGGUGGUUGUGCAUUUUUUGGUUUAUGAUCCUGUGCUUAAGGAGAGGGGAGAGAAUUUGAAGGCGCUGAGGGAUGUUUUGAGGGAGGAGAAAGAUGGGAAAGAGAAAGAGGGAAAAGAAGGUCCGAAAAAAUUGAAGAAGAAAGCAAGUAAAAUUUUGAAUUCCCAGGAGAAGAGGAGAGAUUUUCCGAUGGAGAGGAGGUCGAUGGGGAGGUUUGGGGGUGCGGAUAUGAGUUUGGAUGCGAGUGUGAAUAUGGAUAUGAAUGGAAAAACGAGGAUGAACCAGAGGGAAAAUUUCGACGGUAUGGAAAUUGAAAUUAUGGAAAAGAGACACGAAUUGGGAAUGGAUGUGCAGAGAGAAGAAGAUAGAGAAGGGGAAUAUGUGGUUAUGAGACGGGUAGUGAAGUUACCGAGGAGGGUGUGGUGUGGGAGGAAUUGUAAAGAUCAAUUCGAACAGUUGUUUAUUAGGAGGACUUAA